UCUGUGCAGGGCUCGGGGAAGGGAAGCGGCUGAUCGCUGAACGAUCCUGCUCCCCCGGCUCAGGAUAUCGGGGGUUGAACUUCCUCCCGGGUCACACGGUGCCGCCUGCCUGGUGCGGGAGCCGGGACUGAGACACUGCUGCUCCCCAGCGGGGAGAGACCUGCACUGACCGCCCCCGCCCCAGUGCCCAGCCGGGGGGACUCUCUGCGGGGGCAGCCCCGGGCUCUGCCGACACCAGCCCCUGAGCCGGAGCCUGCAGAUCUCUCCGAUGGAGCCAGGGGAGGAGCUGGGCCCCUUGGAUGAAGAGGAAGGGGAGAUCCUGAGAGGAACCUGCGCAGCAGAGGAUAGGACGGUGAAGAUAAAGGAGGAGAAUUGCCUGCGGGAAGCGGAAGCAGAUGGGAGGCUAUUGGGAAGAUACGAAGGGAGCAUUUCCCUGAGUCCCGAGAAGCCUACCUACGAGAGUCAAUGCAGUUCAAAAGAUCUGGGGAAAAUUCCCGUAGAGGAGUCACAUGGUAAAGCCAGUACCACAGGCAGAGCUCUCAGGAAAUCUAAAAGUAUAAAAGUCCAUCAGAGAAUCCACAUGGGAGAGAAACCCUAUAACUGCCUUGAGUGUGGGAAAAUCUUCAAUCGGAGGUCAUUUCUUAUUACGCAUCAGAGAAUUCACACUGGAGAGAAGCCCUAUAAAUGCCCCGAAUGUGGGAAAAGCUUCACUGUGAGAUCAACCCUUAUUAAACAUAAAAGAAUCCACACAGGAGAGAAACCCUAUAAGUGCCCCGACUGCGGGAAAAGCUUCCGUCUGAGCUCAACCCUUUGUACCCAUCGGAAAAUCCAUACAGGAGAGAAACCCUAUGAGUGCCUCAAAUGUGGGAAAAAAUUCCGAGUGAGCUCUUACCUUCUUGCACACGAGGCCACCCACAUGGUGGACAACCCUUACAAGUGCCCCGACUGUGGGAAAAACUUUAGUGUGAGUAGAGACCUCCUUGUGCAUCAGAGAAUUCACACGGGAGAGAGACCCUUUAAGUGCCCCGUGUGUGGGAAAAGCUUCAAUCGGAGAUCGAUCCUGAUUGUACAUCAGAGAGUCCACACUGGAGAGAAGCCCUAUAAAUGCCCUGACUGCGGGAAAAGCUUCAGUGUGAGCUCAGACCUCACAGCACAUCUAAGAAUCCACACGGGAGAAAAACCCUAUAAGUGCUUUGAUUGCGGGAAUAGCUUUCGUCUGAGCUCCCACCUUACCAGACAUCAGAGGAGCCACACUGGAGAGAGACCCUAUAAAUGCCUGGUCUGUGGGGAAAGCUUCAGUGACUGCUCAGGCCUUAUUAAACAUAAGAGAAUGCACACUGGAGAGAAACGAAGGCCAGCACCUGUUACACAUCAGGGAACUAACACGGCAGCAGCACCUUAUAAAUGCCCCGACUGUGGGAAAAACUUUAGUAUGAAUUCAGCCCUUGUUAAACACCAGAGAAUCCACACAGGAGAGAAACCUUAUAAGUGCCCCGAGUGCGGGAAAAGCUUCAGUCAUUGCUCAGCCCUUAUGAAACAUCAGAGAAUCCAUACAGGAGAGAAACCCUUUAAAUGCCUGGACUGCGGGAAAAGGUACAAUGACAGCUCAACUCUCCGGAGACACCGGCGAAUCCACUCAGAAGACAGGCCCUAUAAAUGCCCCGACUGUGGGGAACGAUUCAGUGUGACCUCAGGCCUUAUUAGACACCAGAAAAUCCACACUGAGGAGAGACCUUUUAAAUGUAGUGAGUGCGGGAAAAGCUUCCAGUCGAACUCACUUCUUAAAACACAUCAGAGGAUCCAUACGGGAGAAAAACCCUAUAAAUGCCCUGAGUGUGGGAAAAGCUUCCGUCAGAGCUCCCACCUCAUAAGGCAUCAGAAAAUCCACAUGGGAUGUGGUGGGACGAUGGGUAAGAACCAGGAAGAGAAUCCACAGCAGGAAGGUCCUGAGCAAGUGGAACCAUGUGGGAGAGUAUUGGGAAGAUCCAAAGGGGCCGUUUCCUUGAGUCCUGAGCAAGAAGAAGGCCAUGAGACUCAGCGCAGGUCAGAGAGGCAGAAGAGCAACCAGCAAAGGAAGAGACAGGAUGAAUCCACUUGCCGAGGGAGAAGUUUGGAGGAUCCUAGUGAAAUCAUGGUCCAACCACGCGUCCACAUGGAAGAGAAACUGUAUAACUGCCCAGAGUGUGGGAAAAGCUUCGCUCAGAUAUCAAACCUCCUGGUACAUCAGAGAAUCCACACGAGGGAGAGACCCUAUAAAUGCCCUGACUGUGGGGAAAGCUUCACGCUGAACUCAGACAUUAUUUCCCAUCGCUCAGUCCACACAGGAGACAGGCCCUAUAGCUGCCUUGAGUGUGGAAAAUGUUUUGCUAAUUUCUCAUCCCUUAUUUCACAUAGACGAAUCCACACGGGGGAGAGACCCUAUACAUGCCCCGACUGCGGGAAGAGCUUCAAGCGGAGCUCAGACCUUAGUAAACAUCGAAGACUCCACACAGGAGAGACGCCCUAUAAAUGCCCUGAGUGCGGGAAAAGCUUCACUCAGAGCUCAAACCUGGUUUCGCACCAGAGAAUCCACACAGGAGAGACACCCUAUAAAUGCCCCGAAUGCGGGAAAAGCUUCAAACAAAGAUUCAGCCUCAUCGUACAUCAGAGAAUCCACAUCGGAGAGAGAUCCUAUAAAUGCCCCGACUGUGGGAAAAGGUUUAGUAACAGCUCCCAACUUAUUAGACAUCGACGAAUCCACACAGGAGAGAAGCCCUAUAACUGCUCUGAAUGCGGGAAAAGCUUCAGUCAGAGCUGGGGAGUCCUUAGACAUCAGAGAAUCCAUUCAGCAGAGACACCCUAUAAAUGUUCUGUCUGUGGGAAAAGCUACAAGGGGAAGGAUUCGCUGAAGUCCCACCAGAAAGUGCACACAGCAUAGAAGGUUUCGGGAGCUCUCCCUGUGGGGCAAUGGGUCUCUGCCCUCUGGAAGCAUGUUUCAUCCGAGGAUGGUCUGGGUAGGGGAAGCAGGCUGGUGGCUGGUCUGGGUUUCGGGGGGGCGG